CAUGGCAGCCUUUCACCGUUGGUGUGAAUGGGUGAAUGAGAGUAAUCGAUUGUAAAGCGCUAUAUAAAUGCACUCCAUUUACCUGAUAGUAAGAUAAUCACUGACCAAUAUGCUUUCUUUGAAUUUCCAGCAUAGCUUGUUCUCAAUUCAACUUGAAUUGGUGUUACAACAUGAUCAUUUUUGAGGGUAAAGCUUCAACCUAAACAUAGCCUCCUUGUGGCUCUGCCUCUGCGUUACUGACCUUCACCUGUAAUAAUAAUCUUACAGCAUCCAGCAGAUGGCAGUGUCACAACGCAUAACCACAAAUUCCCAUUCCUCUUUAAAGACUAAACAUGUCGGAGAACAUAAGGCAAAAUUUUAAAUCCAGCUCUUGGCCUUUCAUGAUUCAAUCCAAAAGAAAUGAUUUAUUAUUAUUAUUAUUAUUAUUAUUAUGUUGUUGCGUAAACACUCUGCAAACCCAUAUUAUACAAAUUUUAGAAACCCCUUAAAAACAGUCUUAUUAAGUUUAUUUAGACUCCAUUGUUUAGGUCCCCACAAUCUCCAUGGCAUUACCUGAUUUUUGACAGCACUGUAUGGCAGGUAUUUCGAGGUUGGUGAGACUAUCAGUCUAUUUAUUUCAAUGGACAACAAGUGACUUCAUUGGAUCAACCAAAUCAAAAACAAAUAUAAGGCCCUUAGCUGGUCAAAUUGUAGCUUAAGUCUGCCAUUGUUGUGCCAGACUAAAGAAGGUAUUGUAGAAGAAGUGUUUCAACAUAAACUGCAAAAAAAAUAAAUAAAUAAAUAAAUAAAUAGUUAGAACAUUAAUGAUAAUUAAAGCCAGCUGUUCACUUUAACUUUAAGGGGAUCAAGAGGAGAAUAGUCUUAAAUAAUAGUUUCUUAAUAGUUCAUUAAAAUAAAAUAAAAAUGUAGCUGUCAAUAUAUAAUGAACUGUGGUGCUUUUAAUAUAAAAUGAAAGACUGAAAAUAUUUGUAACUGGUACAAAGUAAUCCAAUUCUCAUUUUAUAUUUUUUUGGAAAUUGUUCUUAUAAAGACUAAUGAUUAAACCAAGACAUUCCUGUUAAUGAACUGGAUUUAAAAAUGCUAUAAAUUAAUACACCGUGUGUAGAUCUUUUAUGCAUACAGUCCUUUUAUUUACAAACAGCUGAGGCAUAUAUAUUAUACAUUAUACAAAAUACUGAAGAAUGCUAGAAUUGACUUUGAUGCCCAUUUUUUGUUAAGUAUUUGCAGCAUCUUAUAUUCAUAAUGUUGCAGUAUACAUACAUUGUAGUUUAAAAUGAAAACUGUCUAAUUAGACAUAGGUCAACAUGAGCAAUUAUUAAAUGUUCUGGGAUGUGUAGAGUUGUGAAAACACCUGUUAAUUUAUUGGCUCAUUCAUUUUCGUGUUUCUGCCAGGAAACAGACUCAAACAAGAACAGCAGGAACAAUGUAUGUUUUUUACCGUACAUUUUGAAAACGUCACCCAUGUUACAGGAAUGUUGCUUGCCCUGUGCAUAUAAAUACAGGAGUCAAGAGCAGAGAAUUGCACCUUUGAGAUCUUGUCGUUUACAUCUCUGCAUUACUGAGCAGGUCUUGGGAACAGUUGCUGAACAGUUCUAGGCUAUUCCAAAAUGAUCUACAUCUUGAUUUUCAGUCUUUGCUGUCUCACAGCUCGGGCUCUGUACCUUCCCCUGGAUUACUCACCGGCUGUAGGCAGGGGUUCUGGGAAUUCUUUCACAUCUUCUGGGGAAGACCGUAUCACUGGAGUCCGAGUGUGGGAGACCAGCGGAAGCCACAUCAGAGGAUUACAGCUCAAAUAUGACUACACCUGGACACCUGUUUUUGGUCGGAGUCUCAACGAGCAACAGGAGAUGUUGCUAUUUGAUGAUGAGGCCAUUGUGCAGAUCUCAGGGAAAUACAAUCCUGGAAACUAUGUCUAUCAACUGAUGUUCGUCACAAACAGAGGACGCUUUCUCAUCGCUGGCCAGCCCAUUGGCACAUCUUUCAACUUCUAUCCCAAUCAUAGGCAGGGUGAGCUGCGACUGAUCAGCGGGAGGAGCGAUUCUAAUGGCAUCACCUCCAUUGCUGCACUCUGGGCAACAGCCUACCCUGUAGCACCAAACGUCCCACCCAGCAGAAAUGAAUCCAUGUUGGCACUUUCAUAAUCGUUUCAAAUCCAUCGUUCAUUAUGUUUACCAUUUAUGAAAUAGGUAUGUUGCUUUCCUUUCUCGAUGUAGCUGCUUUGCUUCGAUUAGCCUAGAAAUGUCACAUACAGUACCACUGCUACCCGAUCGCAAGGAAUGUGUGAAUGCAGAGUGCACAAAACAAAUUAUGUGUUUUCACAUCAUAUAUUUACAACCUCUAUUGAUUGAUCUUGACUUAACAUUUAAAAUAUGUGUCAACCAGUCAGUCCAGUUCAAGUUAAAUGACUGGGGAUGAGUAGUGAGACCAUUGUUUUAUUCCAUUUUACCUUUUAAAUACAUACGCUCUUACCCAGAGGAACACAAACACAAGUGUAAAGAUAAAGAAUUAAAGCGUGGUUAUUCCCCAGAGGGCGAAAGCACAGUCCUAACAGAGACAGCAAAGUGCAAGCAGUGCAGACUCAAUUGACAACUUUAGAACUACCCUAUUGAACAUCAAACUAAGUUACACAAACAAGAACCAAACAACUUGACUGACAACUAAAUUGCAUUACAUGAAAAAUAGCAAAGGGCUCAUUACAAAAAAGAGAAAGACAAGAAAAAGGAGCUUUAUCUAGUCAGGUGUUAGGGAUAUGUAAACGUGAUAGAAAAAGGCAGGGUGACGGAAUCAAGGUGCAGUGUUAAGAAGUGGGUCUUUAGUCUGUGUCAGAAGAUGGCCAAAAUCUCAGCUGUUCUGAUUGCCCAUGGAAACUGCAGUAUAUUGAUGAUGAUGGUGGAGAUUGAAUGGUGGAGAAAAAUCACCCUGAUUUAUCCAGGGACAUUGCAGUGCCUUUCUUGUGCAAAUAAUUUGUUAAUGCCCAGCUUGGAUUUACACAUUCAAUCAGAAAUCAAAAAUUUGUGAGAUGAUUGACAGAAACUUUUUAUGGUUGUAGUACAUGACUAGUUUCAAUAACAUCUGUAACUGAUGCCAAUUUGAUAAUUUACAGUACAUCAGCAAGGCAAACUUUUAAAUCAGUUGUGAUGGUGUUUCCUUGAAGAACAAAUAAAAUAUGGAAAAUGUAAUUAUCUAUGCCAUCGAUUGGUUCAUCAGUAACUACAUGAUAUGUUCAGUUGUUUGAUUAAUUUUCUCAUUUGUUAUUUUUUGUAAAGCAGCAAUCUGCAGGAUAUACUGUACUGUAGCCAUGUAGCUGAUGAAAUUGCCAUUUCUUACAUUUGUUUAAGAUUAUCCUCUUUUUCCAGUGUAAUAUAUACAUUUAUGUACACACUUCAUUUAUUUUAUAACAGGCUGUCUUUUCCCCUGCUGACAGAUGAUUCCCCCUUGGUGUUGAUCUCAUAUCUUGACUGGUGUUUGUUUGUUUUUAAUUGUCUAUUGUUUUUUUUUACUUUCUUUGUAUACUUUAUUGUUGCAUUGAAAGUUGUCCAAAAAUAAAUUAAAUCUCUAUUAGG